CGGGCGGUGGGAACGCCCUGAAAAUCCGGAACCCUGGUUCUGAUUUUCUUUCGCCCUGGUCUUUGCUGCCUUCUGGUUCUCUCCUAGGCUCAUUGGAGCUAGGAGCUCAGUGCAGCGACGAACCGCGUGGACCUGAGGCUGUCCGGGCGGCCCCCAGCCGCCUGCCUAUUUUCUUCCUCGCCAGGAUUCCUGUCUAGUCAUGACGAGAUUCUGGGUCUGCGUAGCCGGCGCUGGCUUCUUUCUUGCGUUUCUGGUUUUCCAUUCUCGAUUUUGUGCCUCUCGGCUCCCGUUACCUCUUCACUUUGCUUUUAAAAUUUCCUGGAGACCUGAGGAAGCCCUUUACCGGCUGGAUGUGGAUUGGCCUAAGUAUUCAGAAUACUUCACUGGAGCAACAUUUUGUGUUGCAGUUGACUCCCUCAACGGAUUGGUUUACGUAGCCCAAAGAGGGGAUAACAUCCCAAAGGUGUUAGUGUUCACAGAGGAUGGAUAUUUCCUACGAGCCUGGAAUUAUACAGUUGACACACCUCAUGGUAUAUUUGCAGCCAGUACACCACAUGAACAAUCCGUCUGGAUCACGGACGUAGGAAGUGGACUCUACGGUCAUACUAUUAAAAAAUACAAUUCCUUUGGUGAUCUUGUUCAAGUUUUGGGUACCCCAGGCAAAAAAGGCACUGGUUUAAAUCCCCUGCAGUUUGAUAACCCUGCAGAAUUAUAUGUAGAAGACACAGGGGAUAUUUACAUUGUGGAUGGAGAUGGAGGAUUGAAUAACAGGUUGAUCAAAUUGUCCCAAGAUUUCAUGAUCCUUUGGCUACAUGGAGAAAAUGGGACAGGGCCUGCUAAGUUCAGCAUUCCUCACAGUGUUACAGUUGAUUCUGAUGGUCGGGUGUGGGUGGCGGACCGAGGCAAUAAAAGAAUUCAGGUGUUUGAUAAAGACACGGGGGAGUGGCUAGGAGCUUGGAAUAAUUGUUUCUCCGAAGAGGGACCUUCUGCAGUCAGAUUUACUCCCGACGGGAAGCACUUGAUCGUAGCUCAGCUGAAUCUGAGCCGGCUCUUACUCGUGGCGGCGCCCCCGGUAGGAAGCAUUGGCGACUGUUCGGUGAUCAGCACGAUCCAGCUGGCGGAUCAGGUCUCACCUCAUCUCUUAGACGUCAGUGGGAAGACUGGAGCCGUCUAUGUAGCAGAAAUUGGAGCAAAACAAGUACAAAAAUACGUCCCUGUGAAGAGCUAUUUCUCUUCAUUCGGUUCGUAACUGUUUCUUUCCCUGAAGGUCGUUUCAAGUGGAAGUUCAGAUUCUCAGCUUUGGGGCAUUCUUGUGACUUCAUUUCACACAAGUGCAUAAGGAUACUUUAUGAAAGAAACGUAGCUCUAAUGAAAAAUGGGGUGGGAAAGCGGGACUAAGGUGGUAACCCAGUAAUUUGCCCUAUAGACUCAUUCUCGCUGCGGGUGGGGGGAACACAGGAAUAAAAAUGGGUUUGCAGGAUAAUUUAUUGAAUUUCACAUAAACAACACAAACCUUCACUUAGUAAAAAAUGAACUGCUUGAGAGAUGGGGUCAGAUGGGGUCUUGAUUAACGAGAACCCACAGAGUGCCAGGUCCUGAAGAUUCGGGAGUGAGCAGGCAGGGUUGUCUGUGCCUUUGAGUAGCUUAUAGUCCACAAAACACGGCAGCAGCAGCGCACCAGGGAAGUAGGACUUUCUGAAGGAGGGGUGUUUUGUCUGAAUCAUGGAGACUUUGCAGGGGAGUCCGUUUGAGUUCCUCAAGCUCCGUUUGAAAAGCAGGAGGAGAGAACGACGUCCAGGUACAGAUGUUAAGAAAAGUGCACGCUUGCUGUGAACUUCGCUAGACUUUAUUUUACAGGCCCAGCUUGGCUUUGGUCCUUUAGUUGUAGGAUACGUAGUUGCAUCCUUUAAGUGUAGGAAUAAAAUGGCUAGCGUCAAGCACUUUACCGAAAGGGGGUUUUACAAAUAACUGGAAUGGUUUUUAAAGGGAGCGUUAAAAAUAGUUCCUCUCAGUGAUGCCACCUUCCUUCCUUCCUUCCUUCCAUCCCUCUUUUUUACAUGAACUCUGUCCCUUUCUAACAUUUGUCUACCUCAGGGAAGUUUUAGAAUUAUUUAUGGGAGAAUGUGUGCCAAACACUUGGAGCUAUUAAAAUGAAGAAUUUCCUACCCUUCUA